AUGCCCCAGCCUGCCAUGGCUAUCCAGGCAGCAACUUUGACCCUGGUGCCCCUCGUAUGUGCCAUAGGUGUGGUGGGGAACGCCAUGGUGGUUCUGAUGGUGAUCCGGAGUCACCAUAUGGUCACAUCCACCAACUGUUUCUUGGUGAGUCUAGCCUUUGCAGCUGCUGGAGUGCCCACCGGGGAUGAGGCAGCGUCUAACCGGGUCUGGGUCUUCGGUCAUGCCGGGUUUCUGGGUAUCACCUAUCUGCAGUACGUGGGCAUCAACGCGUCCACUGGCUCCAUCACAGCGGUCACGGGGGAGCGCUACUUGGCCAUUUGCCCAUUGCGUGCCAAGGCGCUGUGUACGGUGGCCCGUGCCAAGCGCAUCUCUGCGCUGGUCUGGACAGGUACAUGUGCCUACUGCAUGCUCUGGCUCUUCCUGGUGGACACACGCGAGACCGUCUAUGCCGAUGGCGUCCAGGUGAAGUGUGGCUACCACGUGUCACGCUCCCUCUACCUGCCCGUCUACUUUCUGGACUUCACGCUCUUCUAUGUACUGCCCCUGGGCCUCGCCAUCAUCCUGUACACGCUUAUAGCUCGCGUCCUUUGUUUGGGGCCACUGCUGCCUAGAGGUUGUGGCAGCGCCUAUGGCCAGGAGCCCUGUGGCUCAGUGCACCAGCAUGGCUCCUCCAGUCAUGAGCACUUCUCCAGGGUCACAAGAGGUUCCCUCAAUUCGCGGAGACAGGUCACCAAGAUGCUGGCAGUGGUGGUGGUUCUCUUUGCUCUGCUGUGGCUGCCCUACCGGGACCUGGUGGUGGUCAACUCUUUUCUGAGCCAGCCCUAUUUGGAUGGGGGCUUCCUUCUCUUCUGUAACCUCUGCAUCUACCUGAACAGUGCUCUCAACCCUAUCAUCUAUGCUCUCAUGUCCCAGCGCUUCCGGGAAGCCUUCCAACGGGAUCGUCGCGGAGCGUCGGGUGUGCGCCCCCUCGGUGGCCUGGUUCCCCCACAAAGGAUGUGCGCUACAGGUGAGAAUCGAGCCUGGAGGUUUGUUUGGCCGGCCGUGGGAAAGCCAAGUGACAGAGCCUAUGGGCUGGCAGAGGGGGCCUGGAGGUUUCUGGAAGAGCUGAAAGCGCCGCGGGUAGCCUGGUCCAAAUCAAAGGCGCUGGAGUCAAGGAUGCCUCCCAGUAGCUUCUCAGAUUUGCAUGCACCCUAG